AUGGCAAGCACAUCAACAACACCCCGGACUCCGGUUCGGACUGACCCUUCCGCUGUCGCCGCAGAGACAAAGGAUCAACGCAGAGCGUCAUCUUUAAGCUUCCUUCGUCGCUCCAAAUCAAUUGAACUCUUGGGUGAGAGGAGACCAUCUGCAAGCAAAAGUGGCAAGAAUAUACCGACGGAAGCGGAAUCUCACCAUCAACGCGCAUCAAUGCUAUACCACCAACCUCCCCGUCUUCCAAGCUUGUCUCCGGCUCCAGUCCUGGACACUUUUGGUGGCGAGUCACCACGAGAAACCACUGCAGCGCCUCCCACCCAGUCUCCCGUGCCCCGUCCGCAGAGUGUGUCCCGCAGUACGAUGAGUACGCCAGUGAAGCCAGAGAGCAGCGAUCCAUACGCGCGCGCGGAGAGCAUGGCAAACCGUGGACGUUAUAGCUAUGUAAGCAGCGCUGCUAGUUCCGUCAACAACCCGCGUCGUCUACGUCGUCGCAAAGAUCCUACUCCAUACAAUGUUCUUGUUGUCGGCGCAAGUAACUCGGGCAAGACAUCGUUCCUCAAGUUUCUCAGAAAGUCUCUGGAGCUGCCCAGCAAGCAUUCCAAUCGUCAGCCGAGUGGCCUGGAAGAUCAAGAGGGCCUGUCUACAACAGGUGAAGGCUAUACUUCCUCCUAUCUUGAGACUGAAAUCGACGGUGAGCGGGUAGGCCUCACUUUCUGGGACUCACCGGGCUUGGAGAAGAACAUUGUCGAUAUUCAACUACGUGGUGUAACAGGCUUCUUGGAGAGCAAGUUCGAGGAAACCUUGAGGGAGGAAACGAAGGUCAUUCGCUCUCCCAACGCCCGAGACACGCACAUACACUGCACUUUCCUGAUUCUCGAUCCCGUACGCUUGGAUCAGAACAUUGCGGCCGCUGAAAGAGCAGCGCAAGGGACUCCAAGAUCAACCGACUCAACCAUAAUUGGCAUCCUAGAUGAGAGACUGGAUGUGCAAGUCCUACGAACCAUGGUGGGAAAGACCACUGUCGUCCCCGUAAUCAGCAAAGCCGACACAAUCACUGCCGGGCACAUGGCAUACUUAAGGAAAGCAGUCUGGGAAAGUCUCAAAAAGGUCAACAUAGAUCCCUUAGAAAUAUUGACUCUGGAAGAUCAGGAAGAAUAUACUUCUUCAGAAAGCGGUGACGAGGAGGAGUCUGGCGAUGAUGAGGGAAUCUCUAGAUCUUCCGCCCCAUCCGAGCCCAGCCAGAACGCUCCCGAGCCCCAAGCCGUGCCUCAGCUACUUCCCUUCACCACUUUGUCUCCCGAUCCAUACUCGCUGAAAUCUGGGGAUGAGCCCAUUGGCCGCAAAUUCGCGUGGGGUUUUGCCGACCCAUACAAUCCAGAGCACUGCGAUUUCCUCAAAUUGAAGGAGGCUGUCUUCAACGACUGGCGGAUCGAGCUUCGGGAAGCGAGUCGUGUGGUCUGGUAUGAGAGAUGGAGAACCAGCCGCCUCAACCGUCAUGUCGCCACGUCUCCUGCUCCUUCCAAAGAGCUUGCCCAGAAGAAGGUAUAUGGCGGAAAGACUGGGCCUGAUCUCCGUCGCGAGAGUCCUAGAAUACAGCUGCACUGUCGCAUGGUUGUUGACGGCGCGAAAAGACAGCAACAAAUAUGCCCUGGUUACACUUUUGUCUGCAGUGUUUGUGUAACUCUGGAUGACCACUCGCUGCAAUUUACGCAGCCUUCUUCCUCAUCCAUGUCACUCCAGGUGGGCGACCCACGGUCGCGAGGCCGUUCCAAGUCCCCAGGCGGCCGUAUCCGCGAUCGUUCCAAAUCUCGCGACAGUCGGCAGCCUCCAACCCUUGACCGCACUUAUUUAUCUUCCGCUCCGGCGGACGGGAAGUUGAGGACCAGAUCCAGGAGCAGAGGUGCUGCGCCAGGUGACUUUUACCGGUCUCAUUAUCGUUAUGGCCCCUCUGAUAGCCGGGAUCCUUACUUAGGAAUCGAGCACGGUCGAGACUACUACUACCAAUCUGAUUCGGGCGAAAGCAAAGGUGCAAAGCGCGACAGUAGAUACUCUUCUUCCGCUCAUCGCCGCGAUGCGCGCUACGAGAGCUACUCGGAGAAGUCGUACUCGGACUCGGAGGAUGAUGCGCUUGCCUACGGUGACCUCCCAGAUGAUGACCUGGAGCGAAGUUAUUACGGCUAUAAGGGUACCGGCCGCACUGCGUCACCGCGUCAUGGGGGCGCUAUGAUGUCCGGUGCACUCAAUCCGGGUGUACCCCCGGCUGGGGCGUCAUUUCGCUCUGGAGAUGGCAUCAAGGAGCGGCAUCCUCACGCUCAACCUUCACAUUACGGUGGCCCUCUUGCUUCAUCUACCGUACCAUCUACAUGGGCACCGAUACCUGAGUGUGAGCGGCCGGGGUUUGUACCUCCAUUGCCUCAGAGGCCUGAUCGAGCAAUGCCUGGUGCAUUCCCAGCCGGCUCUACUCAGCCUGAGAUGCCUGCCGCAACCGCUGCAGCUCCAAUGCCUACAUACAGAUAUGUCGAUCCAAGUUCGACACAGAACCCUUAUGCGCCGCAGAAUGGUCGCCCGCUGUCGGUGUCUGCUGCCAAUACAUACGCAGCUGGAGUGGGCUCUUCAGCCCAUCAACGCUCCGCAUCGAGCGAUGCGGCAAUCAAGCCUUCAUAUGCUGCCCCAACCCCGUUUCAGUAUGCACAAGUUGAUCCCAACGUGAAACACUCGACCAAAAGUGCCGCGCAAAAUGCUACCAAGCCGGUCACGUAUUCCACGGCGCCUCAAUACUCGAAGAGCGGCGGCGCACAGGCCAAUGACUCGCCCUAUAGUGGAGUCAAAUAUACGGCUGCUCCUCAACCUCCUAAAACUCCGACCAGUCGUCAGGAAAGCGGUCCGCAGUACGUGGAAAUUGCACCUGGAAACCGGAAUGCUGGCCGACCUCACAGUCACUCCGUAUCGUCGGCCCAUAAUCUCACAGUUGCUGGCCCUGACCCGACUCAACGACCGGCCAGCCCGCUCCAAGAGCCGUACAAAGGGACCUAUCAAAGUAUAUCGCCGAUGCCAUCACCUAUUGUCAUUGCGUCACGGUACGAUGAUGACGUCUCAGACCUAGAGCUAGUGGGCACUAGCUCAGACGAGGGAAAGAGGGAACACAGACGCAAGAAGAGUAAGGACGAGAGGGAGUUGAAACCCGAUCGUGUGAAACGGGAGAGUAGCCGAGUACGGCACGAACGACAUGGGUCCACCGGUCCUGACGCUCUCGUCAUGAUAACCCCCAGCAGCGGUCGAAAACGAGUUACCUUCUACGAUGCAGGUCCUGAUGCUCUAGCCUUGCAACAGGCUCUAUCGCACACGCGACAUGUCGACAAUAAGACCCUGAUCAAAGUGCUGCCACACUUGACAAGCGAUGAAAUCCUGGAUCUGCGCAAGGAGUACAAAAAGCACGUCAAAGUCCACGGAAAGGGAGUGAACAUGGCGAAGCACGUCCGACUGAAUCUGGGCAACAGCGCUUUUGGCAAAGUAUGCUAUGCUACGGCUUUGGGACGUUGGGAGUCCGAGGCCUAUUGGGCAAAUUGCUACUACCAGUCAAGUACAUCUCGGCGUGAACUCCUGAUUGAGUCUCUCUUCGGUCGCACAAAUGGCGAAAUCAGUGAGAUCAAAGAAUGUUUUCGGGAUUCACGGUACUCGGAUAGCCUGGAAAAGUGUAUGAAAGCCGAACUGAAGGCAGAUAAGUUCCGUUUGGCAGUCCUACUUGCUCUCGAAGAGACUCGACAGAACGAACGAGAUCCACUUGAUCCAGAACUUAUUGAGCGAGAUGUGCACGAGUUACAUCGCGCUCUGGUUUCGCGCCAUGGAGGUGAGACGGCGAUGAUCUAUAUCAUCGUCCGGCGAAGCGAUCCUCAUCUUCGAGAAGUGCUACGCGCUUACGAGAAGGUCUACCAGCGCAACUUCGCUCGGGCCAUGAUGGAAAAGUCGCAAAAUCUCGUGGGCGAGACACUUGCACAUAUACUGAACGGAGCAAUCAAUCGACCCAUGCGUGAUGCUCUCCUUCUGCACCAGGCGCUACGCGAAUCACGUACGGGUAAGGAGCGGUCCGAGCUCCUGAUCUCACGACUGGUCCGGCUUCACUGGGAGCCACGACACUUGGAAAAGGUCAAGAACGAGUUCCGGCAGCGGUACCGCGAGCGGCUGGAAGACGCCAUUGCCGAGGAAGUAUUGACAAGUAGCGGAGGUAGCGAAUGGGGAGAAUUCUGUAUCGAGCUAGCUCGCAGCUCCAAGAUUCUUGUUGGCCGCGGUUGA